AUGAUUUCCUUCAGAGGAUAUCCCAGUGAGACAUAUGAAGUGGUGACAGAUGAUGGGUAUAUCCUGAGUAUUAACAGAAUUCCUCAUGGGAAAAGAAAUAACUGGGAAUCAGGUGAGUUUUUUGAGGUAUUUAUUAUAUAUACAUGGAAAUACUGUGAGGACUUUUAAAAUUAUUUAAAAAAUGAUAGGUUUUUGCUUUGGAAUUCGUUUACUUAUUGCAAGAAAACCUCAACAAUGUGUUUGGUUAGGGGUGAUUAUUAAUAUGAUUUUAUUAAUUAUAUGUUUUGGUCCUAUUUUUUCUAUAAAAUUCCCAAAAAGGCCAUAGAUUAGGUUAAACACAUUUUAGUCCUUUCUUGAGCUAUUAGGUCCUCUGCAUGGAGAAUAUGGAGGUAUGCUAUUGAGUGACAGAGAAAAGGCAGAACUGCUUUGCCUUUGUCUUCUUUUUUAAUUUUUUAAAAUUAAUUUUCACAUUUAAACAUUAUCAUCAUAUAAACCAUAAGAAACAACUUCAAUAAAAAUAAAAAUAGAAAAUAAAACAUCUUCACUCCAUAUUAAAUCCAUAUUUUGGGAUUACUCAGAUCCCUUGACUUCCCUCCAUUUCCUCUCCUAGUUCUUUUAUAAUAUCUUAUAUUAUGCAUGUCUAUAAUUUAUUAAAUUUAUUAAAAUUUCCAAUUUUAAACAUUCUUAAUAUUACAAAUGUUUUUAAAAGCCUGCUAUUGUAUUAACUUCUUUUACAAUGUCUUUGUAAAUAUGCAGUAAACAUUUCCCAUUCUUUUUUAUCUUUGUGGUCUUCUUGAUUUCUUAGACUUCCUUCCAGUUCAUUUAGCUAUUUCAGCAUAUUCCAUUAAUUUAAACUGCCAAUCUUCUAAUAGAAUGAAAAACAUAUUAUUACAAAUAAUACAUAAAGACCAAACAGGAUUUCUGCCAGGAAGACAUAUGAAAGAAUAUAUAAGGACUAUAAUAGAUAUUUUUGAAUAUCUGGUAGUAACAAGCAGCAAUUAUGUUUGUAGAUAUGGAAAAAGCAUUUGAUAAUGUUUCCUGGACCUUUAUGUUAAAGGUCGUGGAAGAAAUGAACUUUGGAGAAACUUUUAAAAGAGGAAUAGAAGCCAUAUAUUCAGAACAGCAAGCGAGAUUAAUAAUUAAUAAUGUAACUGCAGAUGAGUGUGAAAUUACAAAAGGGACAAGACAGGGGUGUCCCCUAUCACCUUUAUUGUUUAUUUUAGUCUUAGAGGUACUGGUGAGAGAUAUAAGAGCAGAUGAUGAUAUUAGAGGAAUAACUGUAGGAAAUAAGUCAUAUAAAUUAAAGGCAUUGUGGAUGAAUUAAUGCUCAUGAUAGAAGACCCUGGUCAGAGACGAAGAAGAAGCAGGCACCAGCAUGGGGGGGGGGGUUGGAUCUCCUGAACAUAGAAGUGCAAGAAGCUGAAACAAAGAAACAGCUAGAGCAAACAAUUCCGCUGAGGCUGAGUUCAGACUUGGAGGGGGGGGAGGAAGUACAGUCGGCUCUUUUGAGGCGUGCACCAAAGAGGUUGGAGAUCAAAAGGAAAGCCGUAAAGCUGUCACACUUGAAAUGCUGGGGGAGGUGUCGUAAGUCAUUCACGCCAACUGAAUAUGAUGAAUCGGAGUGAAUUACCGGAGCUUGUGUUGACUUUGUAAACAGUGAACAAUAAAGACCAUAAAAUCAUUAAGCCGUGAUUGCUACCAUUACUAGCGAGGAGAGAGACACCUCUGGAUGUGACACUUACUGUAUUCUCUCCAAAAUCCAUCUGCUUCAAUUGGCUCUUUAAUUCUAUGUUUUUUCCCCCUUGUAUGCAAAUGUGAAUCCUUCUGGGAAUUCCCAUCUAUACCUUAUAUCAUUCCUUCUUAAAGCAUCAGUUAACACUUUAUAGUUCAAGUGGUUUUUAAGAAGGCGAGCAGCAAUUUCUUUAAGCAAAAUAAUGUUUUGGCCUUCAAUUUGGAACUCUUAUUAUAAUUGGUCUGGAACAUUCUAUCUUUAAUAGCUCCUGAAUUCAGAAAUACCAGGCAAUCUCCUGGCAUCUUCUUAAUCUUUGCCAUUUAAUUCUAUAGAACCUGUCCUCAGAGCUGUCCAGGAAUUCUUCAUCCAGUUCCAGCCAUUCUGCUAAGGCCUCAAUUAAGUAUUCUUUUAGAUCCUGCUCUCCUUCUUCUGGCACAUUUCUCAGAUGGACCACCAGUUCUUUCUGUUCCUUCAUCUCUGCCACAGCCAUAGCAUCCCAAAUCAUUUCCUGGGUUGCAUAAACUCCUUGUACGACAACCUUCAAUUUAAUUUAAAAGGUAAUCCAAUCUUUGUUGCUAAAAAUUGACACAAUAUUCCCUCUUGGAUAUUAUCUCCAAUGUCUCCAACUUCUUCAAGAGAAUAUUAAUACUUUCCUCAAUUAAUGAGGAAGUCUCUUAGUCUCAUCUGUCUUCCAAUUCAAUAUUAAAUAUCUCCAAGUUCAUCUUUCAAAAUGGCUUGAAGUUAGUUGGAAAGGUAGGCACUGCUGUCUGGUUCAGAGGCUUUGCUCUACAGAGCUGCACUGGAGCCUAGAUUGCUGGCUUUUCUUUCGGGUCCCCCCCCCCCUGCACUUUUUGGUGCAGAGGCAGAGAUCAGAGCCAGAGCCACCGUUCAUGAUCUGCAGGACUCCUCAACACCUCAAACUUUCUUUUAAGACUUUUUUUUGGGGGGGUGGGAGCUCGUCUCGGCACUUCCCCCCUGGUCCUCCGUAGAGCCAAGUUUGACGAAGCUGUCAAACCCAUAAUCCAUCCACCAUUCAUGCUGAACCGGAAGUCCCUUUGCCUCUGUCUCUAACUCACAAGGAAAGUGAUCCCCGACCUGGUGAUGACAUAUUAAAUGAUGUAAAGAGGGAGCUGCAGCCCAUGAUAGGAAAAGAGGUGGUAAGGAAACACCUAGCUACUUUAAAUGAAUUCAGAUCUGCAGGGCCUGGUGAGCUGUGCCCCAAAAUACCUCUGCCUUGCUUUCCAUAUUGCAUUUAGAAGAUAUUCAUUCCAGACUCAAAUUCCAGACACGUGAAAUUGCUGGCCUGCUCUGCGUCCCAAGUUUAUAGUUGGUGAUACGCACUAGUGGCCAGUGAGGCCACACAUGUGGGGCAUCGUUGCUCUCCUGGCUUCUUAACACAGCCGUCACUGGUGAUUAUUGGGAAGGAGAGCAGAGGUGCAAGGUGAGGAGAGCUUGGCCAGGUGAGGCUGCAUCUUAUUGGAUGGAGACACUGAAAUUACAUAUUGUAACUAUGUUUAAAACAAGGAACUAGGCAGAGGGCCUUCUUGGUAGUGGCACCCACCCUGUGGAACGCCCUCCCAUCAGAUGCCAAGGAAAUAAAUGACUUUUAUUUAUUUUUUAAUAAUUUUUAUUAACAGACCAAUCAAAUCAAAUCAAAUCAAAUCACAUAAAUACCGAAUUACAGAGCCUUAUUUUAAAUUUUUGUUGGGGGUACCCAUAUUUCAAGUUCCGAAAGGGAUCCAAUCCUCUUGUUGCUGCUGCUUUAAAAGUCCACAAAUCUGUCCAAAUAAUGAUCACAAUUCUGUCCAAUCCUUUAUUGCUGUUUUCCACAUCUCUUCUAGUUGUUUUCAUAUAUUUUUCCUUUCUCUUUGUCUUUGUGGCCUCUGAUAGUCUCCAUAAGCGGGUUGCAACAAAUUUGUAUUCCUGUGUGGAUUUUUCCGUUCAUCCAAGAGUCAUAUUUCAGACAGCAGCCGUAUUUCAUCGCUUCCAUAAAGAAAAACAUUCUUGCUGUCUACUCCUUAACUUUUCACAGGUCUGUCCUUCUUUCUCAGUCCUCGAGGAGGUUCUACCAGGAAUCCAAUAUGAAAACAAAGCUUCCUCCUCCCGAUCAUGAAUCUUUCGACAAGACCUGUCAAAAUGGCGACUCCCUUUUUGUUGCUGCGCCAUCAAAAGCCCUUGUUCUUUUUCUCGAUCUCACAAGCCAAACUUUUGGUAGUAAAUCAUUUCCACACAGUUUUUAAUCAUCCUGCUUAGGUUGGUUAUGCACGGUUCUUUUUGAGGAGGGGUUAUUGAUUAAUCACAUAGAAGAAAGGAAAUAAAUGACUUUUAGAAGACAUCUGAAGGCAGCCCUGUUUAAGGAAGUUUUUAAUGUCUGAUGUUUUAUUGUUGUUUUAAUUGUGUUGGGAGCCUCCCAAUGAGGCUGGGGAAAACCAGCCAGAUGGGCUGGGUAUAAAUUCUUCUUCUUCUUCUUCCUCUUCAGGUCCCAGGCCUGCAGUGUUCUUGCAGCAUGGCUUGUUUGGUUCUAGCAGUAACUGGGUGUUUAAUAUGGACUACAACAGCCUGGGCUUUAUAUUGGCUGAUGCUGGUUAUGAUGUUUGGCUUGGAAACACCAGAGGUAACACUUGGUCCAACAAACACACCAACUAUACUGAGAAGCAUCAAGAAUUCUGGCUAUUCAGGUAGAGUGAGCUUUCUAAACCUAAUUUCUUGUUUCUGGUUCCUAGUUCACCCUUUGGGGAAAACUUUAAUUAGUCAUGCUCUUCCUAGUGGAGCCAUGUUUUUCCACCUCCUCUUAUAAUAUAUGAUAUGGAGAUAUAGAAAUACAUUUCCAAGUAAGUAAAAUUGGUAGUUGUCCCUUUAAACAAACAAACAAUUUGUUUGUUCCUGGGGAAAAUAUGGCCUUAGUGAAAUGUGGCCUUGGUGAACUCCAUAGAAUAGAUGAUAGCAGAUCAGCUUAACUUCAGGUGCAAUUAGACUUGAUCUGGAGAGACUCAAUAUUGGUCCUUCUGAAUCUCUGCUGGAAUUUGAAGCUUCUCAGACAGACAUGGGUUGGAGGGAAAGCAGAGUCCUCUCCUGCCCACAGCAUAAAUACUGUUCCUCCUGAAACUGACUUUUUCAAAAUGUUUUUGGUUUCCCCAUUGCAGGCACAUGGUUGCUCUUAACUAUGUGGUGGGCAUUUUCAGUUUGCAGUGAACAGCUCAUAGUGUGGCCUUGCUUGCUAGUGAACAGUGAAAAUGGAAAUAUAUAAGGAAGAUGAGUCAUGGCUUAAUUCAGAUAACUGUUUCACAAAUGUUCUUAGACUUGGUGACUUGAUGGAUCCAUGGAGGAGAUGAUCUCUGAUCUGCCAGAUCCAAGCCUGUUCUUGUAUUGAACUGGGAGGAGAACAGGGCAUUUUAGGCUUUCACAAUGGAGAUCCCACUGCAUAUACAUGUCUGUUAAACAUAGGCUGUUCCUUUUUCUUUGCAGUUUUGAUGAAAUGGCUAAAUACGACCUUCCAGCUUCAAUAAACUUUGUCCUGAACAAAACUGGUCAGGAAAAAAUAUUUUAUGUUGGUCAUUCCGAGGGCACCACAAUGGGUAUGUUAGCAAGAUUCUUAAACACAUGCUGGCAAUUCUAUUAGCUACAUACUUACAUGCGCAGUUGCUGUUGUAUAUUAAAUUCAAGAGACAUCUUGCUCAUAGUACAGUGAUGUUCCAUGGAACCUAUGGACACCUAUGGAGAAGCAUCUUGAAUAACAAUCCCUGUAUUUGGGUUUCCUGCAUUUUCUUUCUUAGUGAUAUUUCACAUAUAGGUGAUGAUUCAAAUUGGUUAAGGGGCUUAUAAAAAGUGGUUUGUCUGGACUGAGAAACUGUUAAAAUCCUGGAUUGCAAACCAGUAUCAAGCCUAGUUUGCAGUCAGAGUUUAGGUAACAGUUUCCCAGUCUGGAUGUAACAGGAAGCUAUAGUUUAACAACCACAGGAUGUAAUGUGUUAAGGCCCUUGAGACAAGAGGAGAAGAGAACUUGUUGGCUGAACACUCCUUCUUGGUCUGAUAAAUCAUAGUUCUAUAACGGAAACAGUUUGAACUUCACCUCACCUCUGACUGUCACUUCAUGUUUUAUUGGUUCUUAGUACAGCCUAGUGUGGCUGGAGAAACCCAGACAGAUGGGCUGGGUAUAAAAAAAUAAAAUUAUUAUUAAUGUUGUUAUUAGCCACAGAAUGUAUUACAUAAGUGAAUUUACAAUUAUUACACCACUGAGGAAAUAUAUGCAGCACUAAAAAGUUUUAAGUAGGUCAGAAACAAGGCAGGGCCUUUUCUGUUGUGAUGUGUAGAUUAUAAUGCACCAUUUCUAGUAGGGUCCUAGGUCAAAAUGAUCCCAGAUCCUCAGAUUUCAGGACCCAAACCUGAGACCUAGUGGAGUUGUUAUAGGGGUGGCUGUUGGUGGUGUCAGAGAGGUGAACCCCAGGGAUGUCAUGAAAAAUGGCACAUUAAUCAUGGUCUCUGAGAGCAUGUCAUUCGAAUAAAAAGCUACUGGUUGGAAAUCAAGACAGAAACCAUAACUGAAGGGGUUGUUCCCAGCUACCGCUGCUCUACGAAGUACUAAAGAUUCUUGCUAUGAAGAGGUUGAAUAAGAGUGGUACUGGAGAAGUCAGUAUAAGGUGCAUUUUCAGCUCUGCUGAAAGUCUGUAAAUUUUCAUAAUACACCCGAUUUUGUUACUGGGUUUUUUCAAGACUGCAUUGAUAACUCUAUUCAUUUUUCUCCCCCCCCCCCCAGCAUUCAUUGCAUUUUCAACCAUGCCACACCUAGCCAAGAAGAUCAAGAUGUUCUUUGCAUUGGCACCAGUAGCCACUGUAAAGUAUUUGACCAACACGGCUUUGACCAAACUUGCAAUGGUUCCUGAACCUAAGCUCAAAGUAUGUAUUUCAGAAAAAAUAUUUGUUCAAACAACGGAAUGCUAA